UAUUGGUUCCUCCUCUGAUCCAAGCACGCCCGCUCACCUUUUCUCGCUCCUUCCCUCCAACCGAUCGACAAAUACCCGUCCCCUUUUCCCUUCCCCCUUUCUGUUAUCAGUCUCUGACUUGCCAAGAUGAGGGAAAUCGUUCAUCUGCAGACGGGCCAGUGCGGCAACCAAGUCGGUGCCAAGUUCUGGGAGGUGCUGUCCGACGAGCACGGAAUCGACUCCUCGGGCGCCUACCACGGCACGUCCGAUCUCCAGCUGGAGCGCAUCAACGUCUACUACAACGAAGCCUCGGGUCAGAAGUAUGUGCCCCGUGCUGUCCUCGUCGACCUGGAGCCUGGUACAAUGGACUCUGUCCGUUCGGGUCCCAUGGGCAACAUCUUCAGGCCCGACAACUUUGUCUUUGGCCAGAGCGGCGCCGGUAACAACUGGGCCAAGGGCCACUACACGGAGGGUGCCGAGCUUGUCGACUCUGUCCUUGACGUCGUUCGCAAGGAGGCCGAGAACUGUGACAUGCUGCAGGGCUUCCAGAUCACCCACUCGCUCGGCGGUGGCACGGGUGCUGGCAUGGGCACACUGCUCAUCUCCAAGAUCCGCGAAGAGUACCCCGACCGAAUGAUGGCCACCUUCUCGGUCAUGCCCUCGCCCAAGGUCUCGGACACUGUCGUGGAGCCCUACAACGCCACCCUCUCCGUCCACCAGCUCGUCGAGAACAGUGACGAGACGUUCUGCAUCGACAACGAGGCCCUGUACGACAUCUGCUUCCGGACCCUCAAGCUGACCACGCCCAAGUACGGCGACCUUAACCACCUCGUCUCCAUCGUCAUGUCGGGCAUCACCACCUGCCUCCGUUUCCCUGGCCAGCUCAACUCUGACCUGAGGAAGCUGGCCGUCAACAUGGUGCCCUUCCCCCGUCUGCACUUCUUCAUGGUCGGCUUUGCCCCCCUUACUGCUCGCGGCAGCCAGCAGUACCGCGCAGUGUCCGUCCCCGAGCUGACGUCGCAGAUGUUCGACGCCAAGAACAUGAUGGCCGCCUGCGACCCUCGCCACGGCCGCUACCUGACGGUGGCCGCCUACUUCCGCGGCAAGGUCUCGAUGAAGGAGGUCGAGGACCAGAUGCAGAACAUCCAGACCAAGAACUCGUCGUACUUUGUCGAGUGGAUUCCCAACAACGUCCAGACGGCUCACUGCGACAUUCCUCCCCGAGGCCUCAAGAUGUCGGUCACCUUCAUUGGAAACUCGACGGCCAUCCAGGAGCUCUUCAAGAGGGUCGCCGACCAGUUCAGCAUGAUGUUCAGGAGGAAGGCCUUCCUCCACUGGUACACUGGCGAGGGCAUGGACGAGAUGGAGUUCACCGAGGCCGAGUCGAACCUGCAGGACCUCAUCUCCGAGUACCAGCAGUACGAGGCCGCCGCUGCCGACGACGGCGACGAGGAGGGUGUCUACGAGGAGGAGGGCGAGCCCCUCGAGGAGUAGACGGUCCGGACAAAGAAAGAAAGGAGAUGUGUCGCGACAAAGCUGGAAGGAUGAUCUCACCUCUUAGUCGUGCACCUACAGUUGCCCCAUCCACCCUUCCUCUUCCUUUUUCACCUCUUCUUUAUUCUUCGAAAUGACCAAGACUCCGUUCCGCUUUCUUUUGUCUCGUACCUCUCCCCUUGUCACCGCUAUCUUUCUCUUCCUAAUGUUGGCUGGUAAUCACAUCAGGCACCGUAUACCAAAUUGAGAUUACGGAUCAACAACCGGUGCUCCCUCUUGGCUUAAGCAUGGGGUCCGAUGUCGUCCCUGGCGGUUCGGCCCAUUCGCCGUGCGGGGGAGCGCACGGGGUUCCCUGCGCCGUUUUGCAUGACAUGACCUCGAGCGC